CCUGGAACGCUCCUCAGCUGUCGACAUCACCGAACAGACGCUGUAUGGACAGAGAGGAAAGUCUCUGUUCGCGUUUACAGUUUUAACCCUAACCUUUUUUGUAAUCGAACCGGUCAGCAUGGCUGUGGCUGAAGCAGUGAUGCCUGCCAUAACACCGUUUCCAAGUGUUCAGACGAUGGAAGGAAAACAGUUUGACAAUCUCUGCAAGGUAGAUGAUUGUGCGCGGGGCAGCGCAAGAGCUGGCGCAGACAACCCGCUCAUCGAAGUGGAGUUCAGCAUCAUGCAGUCUCCUGCUUUAGCCCAAAGGGAAGACGACGAGCUGGGGAAAUUCUUGGACCUCGAGUUCAUUUUGUCUAACACAAUCGGCUCUGAUGUUGUAAGCAACAACAGCAGCGGGAACAUUUCUCCGCCGCAACAGCAGUGCGCGUAUUCUCUGCCGGAGUCACCGGAGAGCUGUAGCGGUGCUUCUGUUCCAGACUGCAGCGACCAUCCUCCUUCUCACCUAGCCGCACAGAGCUACCACGGCACCGUGAGCUUCACAGGUGUGGGGCCAGUGCGCAGUCUCAUGGCGGAGCUUCUCACACCAGAGAUGAAUUACCAAGGGGAGAGCUCACCGGACAACGCAGGCAAGGUGAGAGACGGGCGGGAGUACACCGAACUGCAAGCGAUGAAUUCGGUCACCAUUCCAGCUCCUCCCGCUCAUCACCAGGUGGCCACGUCGCCUCCACCGCUUGGAUACAAAAUUAAAAGUGAGCCUGUAGGGCAAUCUUGUAUGAUGGCUGCUGCUGCUGCUAGUGGAGACUUUAUGGGACAGAUGUAUGAGAGACACCAGAUGCGCUCCGUGCACCCAACAGCUUUUACGCACCACCAGGCUGCAGUGCCAGGUGUGUUGCCAGGUUUCGGUGCACACCCCAUGCAGCACCAUGCACCUCAGGGACGCACAGACUGCCAUUUGGCGCAAAUGAAUUCUCAUCCUAAUCAACACCAUCUCCAAAACCAGUACACAAACGCGCCCUACCAGUCUCAGUACGCACACCAGAGUUUGUCACAGUUUCAAGGACAAUACAGCAUGCACAGAGAGCCCGUCCGCAUUCACCAGCAGCAUCACCCGGCUUCCAUGCAGGGGCUGAUGCUCACUCCUCCCUCGUCGCCAUCAUUGCUGGAGUUUUACGCUCAGGACGAAGUAGGGAGCAUCAAACAGAAACGAGGCCGCAGGUCAUGGGCCAGAAAACGUGCCGCGACGCACAGCUGCGAGUUCCCCGGCUGUGGGAAAACCUACACCAAGAGCUCCCACCUAAAAGCCCAUAUGAGAACACACACAGGUGAAAAGCCCUAUCACUGUAACUGGGAAGGUUGCGGCUGGAAGUUCGCCAGGUCAGAUGAACUGACCCGUCACUUCAGAAAACACACUGGACACAGACCUUUCCAGUGUCACCUGUGUGAGCGUGCCUUCUCCCGUUCAGAUCAUCUUGCCCUCCACAUGAAGAGGCACAUGUAAGCCACACUAAACUAAAGGGACAGCUUUGUGUCCAAAUCCACCGUGGGAUCAUGCCUGGAGCAUCCCAGAAGAAGCAGGAGCUGGUUGUUCGCUGUUGGACAUGAAAACGAUGUCCCUGUUGGGAUUGAGUAUGUUUGGUGCCUUGAUAGAGAGUUUAAAGCAACCACAUCAUACUUCUGGGCAUUUGAUCCCUUGAGGUACCACAAAUGUAUUCAUAUAGGAACUAUUUUUCAAAAUGUGCCUCUCCAUCAGGAACAAUUGAAUACUGGUGGUUUUUGUAUAUAUGAAUAAUUUUGGCUAAAUUAUAGUAGUUUGUAUUUAAGGCAUUUCUACUUUCUGUAUCUGAAAUAAGUUAUUGGUUGUUAGUGAGUGUCUUAACACGACUGUGCAUUUUCUUCACUGUGGGCAGGACCCAGGAUUGUGUACAUAUGUAAAUUGUAUUUUUGUAAUGUUUACAUCUUAUAUCUUUGAUACUACUCAGAUCAGGUCAGGGUUUUUAUUGGCAUUAUUUUUUUAUGCUAUUUUCUCAAGAUUGUUGGUCUACACAAUAGACAUUAUAGAUUUGUUACGCAUUCAGAUUCUUGUUCUGAGAAGAAGGUUUGCUUGAGCAAAAUUCAGGUACUACAACUAAUCUAUAGUAUGUAUAUCUAUAGGUUCUCAUCUAAAAUGUCAUUCCCUCUAAACUUCUCUCACACGUAUGCUUUUUCUGAUGGAAAAUAUGAUUCUCAAGAAUGAAGAAAUCCCCCUCCCCCAACAUGUAUCAUUUUCAAGAAUGCAGUUGUUUUUAUGUGCUUUAAGGCUCAAAAAAUAAAAGUACUUUUACAAAUA